CCUUCCCCUUUAAACUCCCCCCCCCCACGCACCCCCUUGCGGUCGGCGAGCUUGCCACGGAUUCCCGGGGCGGUGCAGCGGCAGCCUCGCCCUCUGCGCGGGCCAGCGAGCGAGCGAGCAAAGAAGGAAGGAAGGAAGGAGCAGCUUGUUGCCGACGAGGAAGGACGGAGGUCGCGCGCCUCGACGCCUCCCCGCUCCUUCCCGACGGCCGCAGCAGCAGGAGGAGGAGGAGGAGGGAGAAGAUGCUCCCCCGGGCGAGGUGCUGGCUGAGGGGCUGCGGGGGGAGCCGGCCGUCGCUGGGGUCGCCCUCGCAGCCCCUGAGGCUCCUCUUCCGCGCUUUGGCCAGCGGGUGGCGGGCCGAGGGCGGCGUCGGUCUCGUCCAGGCUCGGAGCGACCGCUCGCAGAUACUGUGUCUGAGACUUACUGGAAACAGAAGGCAUCACAGAAGACCUUUUUAUAGCACUUUAGUGCCAUCUGAUGAAGUAAAUGUUAAUUAUAAACAUGGGCUGCCUGUGAUAACCCUUACAUUGCCCUCAAGAAAGGAACGCUGCCAGUUUACGGUCAAGCCAAUGCUCAUGACAGUGGGAGACUUCUUGCAGGAUAUAAAGAGUGAGGAUAAUGCCAUUGAAAAGGUAGAAGUCUUCACAGCAGACGGCACCAUGAUUUCAACUUCAGCGUUGAUGGAAGUUUUGUUGAUGAAUGACUUUAAACUUGUAAUCAAUGGUAUAGAAUAUAGUGUACAUCCCCCACAAAAAGAUAAACUCAGCACAGAGCAUGCUACUGAGUUAGAUGACAUCAAGUCUACAGUUCAUAGAUUAUUUACAGCACUUCAUUUAGAAGAUCAUCAGAGAAGGAAGGAGAAAGAAUUAAUGAAAAAAAUAGAACUUAUGAGAGAAGAACUGCUGCCUCUAGAACAGAUGAAACAUAGAAUUUAUACAAAUGCUGAUGCCAAGACUUCUCGUCUUCUAUGGAUUGGCUUAGCCUUCAUGUCAACUCAGGGCGGAGCCCUCGCUUGGCUCACUUGGUGGGUGUAUUCUUGGGAUAUCAUGGAGCCUGUCACAUAUUUUAUCACCUAUGGAAGUGCCAUGGCAUUCUAUGCUUACUUUGUACUUACUAAGCAGGAUUAUGUUUAUCCAGAAGUUCGUGACAGGCAAUUCCUCCACUAUUUCCACCAGAAAUCCAAAAGCCAGAAGUUCAACGUGGAUCAGUAUAAUAAGUUAAAAGAAGAUCUUGCACAGGUGGAAGAAUCCUUAAAACGACUGAAGAACCCCUUAAAAUUGCGCCUUCCAAUGGAAGAAAUAAAUGAAAAACAUUAAUUUUUCAUGCACUUUUAGCUGUAUUAGCCCCCUUGAGCUUCCUCAAAAGAUUAGAAACUGGAUAUUUUGGACAGAGUCUUUUUUAUAACUGGUAGUAGGAAAAACUCCUGCAAUAUAUAUUGGACUUAAAACUUUUUCUGAUAAUUAGGAUUUUUCGUUUGCGUAUUUGUUUUACAAAAAAAAAAAGGUCUAUAUUUUGAGAGCAACCUGUUCAAAAUAGAAAGAACAAAUAGUGUCUUAUUGUGGAUUUCCACCCUAUUUUUCAUCAAGAAGGAGACAAAAACUGAUUUUUGUUUUGUUUUGUUUUACUCCGGGAUCUCCUUGAUUGGAAAGUAUCUUCACAAUAAGAUAAAUAAAAAAAUGUAUUACA